AUGGCUCGGUCAAAGCAACCGGCAGUGAAGCGCGAGUCGUCUUCGGAAUAUUUCAACAAGAAAACUGCGGAUUGGGAAAAGACCAUUGAUGGCGCCAGCAAGGAGAAACAGUCCAAUGGCCAAGUUGCGAACGGCGGCGCAAAGCCAGCCAAGGGCUCGCCAGCCAAGAAGGAAGCUGGCGUGGUCCAGCUGGUCAUUGCCGUCGCGGGAAUCUAUGCGUCGUUCUUGACGUGGGCAUAUCUGCAAGAGAAGCUCACCACGACGCAGUACGGCCCCGAGGGAGCCAAGGAGGUCUGGCGGUUCCCCGUCUUCCUCAACACCGUGCAGUCGCUCUUCGCCGCGACGGUCGGCCUGUUCUACCUCCUCGCAUCGACCCCCAGGGGCCAGGCCGUCCCGCCCGUCAUCCCCUCGUCCGCGAUCCUCUUCCCGCUCGCGCUCGUCGCCGUCACCAGCAGCCUGGCCAGCCCGUUCGGGUACGCGAGCCUCGCGCACAUCGACUACAUCACCUUCCUCCUGGCCAAGAGCUGCAAGCUGCUCCCCGUCAUGUUCCUGCACAUCACCGUCUUCCGCAAGCGCUACCCCCUCUACAAGUACCUGGUCGUCGCGGCCGUCACCGCGGGCGUCGCCGUCUUCACCCUCCACUCGGGCAAGAAGCACAAGUCGAGCAGCAAGUCCAGGGACGACGCCAGCGUCGCCUGGGGCCUGCUCCUCCUCGGCAUCAACCUCCUCUUCGACGGCCUCACCAACAGCACCCAGGACUACAUCUUCCAGACCUUCCGCCCCUACUCGGGCCCCCAGAUGAUGUGCGCCAACAACAUGAUGAGCACCCUCGUCACGGGGGCCUACCUCCUCGUCAGCCCCUGGCUCGUCGCCACGGGCGUCGGCGAGUGGCUCGGCAUGGACGUCGCCGGCUCCGCGGGCGAGCUGCGUGCCGCCCUCGACUUCAUGGCGCGGUACCCGGCCGUCUGGAGGGACGUGCUGUGCUUUGCGGCUUGCGGCGCCGUCGGCCAAGUCUUCAUCUUCUACACCCUCUCCACCUUCUCCUCCGUCCUCCUCGUCACCGUCACGGUGACGCGCAAGAUGUUCACCAUGAUCCUCUCCGUCGUCGCCUUCGGCCACCGCCUCACGCACAUGCAGUGGCUCGGCGUCGGCCUCGUCUUUGGCGGCAUCGGCGUCGAGGCCGCCAUCGCCAGGCAGGAGAAGAUGGCCAAGGAGAAGAAGAAGCAGGGCUGA